CUUCCAGCCCGGGCAUCAUGCCCAAAUGCUGCGUACAUAAUCAAUUGACAGACUACCAUGUCGAGAAAAUCCACUUGUCAAUUCGUAUAUAGUUGUCCUCUCAUCCUCUCUACCUUCCCUGUCUCUCUUUUCCACGCCUUGAACUUAUUUCAAACUUGCCCAUAAACCCCUACCACAGUACCUAGGCUCCAACAUGGCACCAUCUACAGAUGUCGAGCCAAAGAGCAUCUCGCCUUUUGGCAAAGCUCGCUCAACGGUUGAGGGUCAACCGCUUAGUGCAGAAGAACUCAGAUUGACCGAUGACUACAUGCGAGCUAGCUUGUAUCUCUGUCUUGGGAUGUUGUAUCUACGAGAAAACCCUCUCCUCAAGGAACCUCUCAAAGUCGAACAUCUCAAGGCGAGAUUGCUCGGUCAUUGGGGCUCAGACGCCGGUCAAAUCUUUGCCUAUAUUCACUUCAAUCGUCUGAUCAAAAAGUACGAUAUCGACGGCCUCUUCAUUUCUGGACCGGGCCACGGUGCCCCUGCAGUCAUUUCCCAAUCUUAUCUCGAAGGUGUCUACAGCGAAGUCUACCCUGACAAGUCAGAGGACGAAGAAGGUCUCCGCAAGUUUUUCAAGCAAUUCUCCUUCCCAGGAGGCAUCGGCAGCCACGCUACCCCCGAAACCCCGGGCAGUCUUCACGAAGGCGGCGAGCUCGGAUACUCGAUUUCUCACGCCUUUGGAACCGUCUUUGACAACCCAAAUCUCAUUGCCCUGACCAUUGUUGGAGAUGGUGAAGCCGAAACUGGCCCACUCGCAACCUCCUGGCACGGCACAAAGUUCCUCAACCCAAUCACGGAUGGAGCUGUUCUCCCAGUCCUCCAUCUUAACGGCUAUAAGAUCAACAACCCUACCAUUCUUGCUCGUAUCAGCCAUGACGAGCUGAGAUCACUGUUCAUCGGCUACGGCUGGACCCCUUAUUUUGUCGAAGGAAGUGAUCCCGAGACCAUGCAUCAGGCGUUCGCGGCCACUUUGGAGAAGGCCGUGUUGGACAUUCGCGGCUAUCAGAAAAAGGCCCGCGACUCCGGCAAGGCAUUCCGGCCGCUGUGGCCUAUGAUCGUCCUCCGAAGUCCUAAAGGUUGGACUGGUCCACGUACGGUUGAUGGCCACUACUUAGAGGGCUUCUGGAGGUCGCAUCAAGUCCCAAUCGCCGAUGUGGCAACAAACCCCGAUCAUCUCAAAGUGCUGGAAGACUGGAUGAAGAGCUAUACCCCCGAAAAGUACUUUGGAGAAGAUGGCAAAUUGAUUCCAGAAUUGAAAGCACUUGUCCCCUCGGGCAACAAGAGACUCAGUGCAGCACCUGUCGCCAAUGGCGGCCUGAUCAAGAAGCCGCUGCAGCUCCCCGACUUCCGUGAUUAUGCCAUGGAUGUCAAGAAAGGAGGUGUCACCGAAGGACCUAGCAUGUCUAACAUGGCUAUCUAUCUGCGUGAUGUCAUUGAGAAAAACCCCACCAACUUCCGCCUAUUCGGCCCUGACGAAACUGAAUCUAACAAGCUGGGCGAGGUCUACAAGGCCGGCAAAAAAGUGUGGCUGGGCGAGCAUUUCGAAGAGGAUGCCGACGGUGGUAACCUUGCCUUUGAAGGCCGUGUGAUGGAGAUGUUGAGUGAACAUACCGUCGAAGGCUGGCUGGAAGGCUACAUCUUGUCCGGAAGACACGGUCUGCUCAACAGUUACGAGCCCUUCAUUCACGUCAUCGAUUCCAUGGUCAACCAACACUGCAAAUGGAUCGAGAAGGCCUUGGAGGUGGAAUGGCGGGCCAAGAUCGCAUCACUCAAUAUCCUCCUCACAGCGCUGGUCUGGAGACAAGAUCACAACGGAUUCACUCAUCAGGAUCCUGGAUUCCUCGACGUUAUCGCCAACAAGUCACCCGAUGUUGUCCGUAUCUAUCUUCCACCCGAUGCCAACACCCUUCUCUCCGUCACCGAUCAUUGCUUGCGCAGUAGCAACUAUGUCAAUGUCAUUGUUGCAGAUAAACAGAACCAUCUGCAAUAUUUGGACAAAGAAGCUGCCAUUGAGCACUGCACCAAGGGCCUGGGUAUCUGGGACUGGGCAUCUAAUGACCAAGGCUUCGAACCUGAUGUUGUCAUGGCUUCGUGCGGUGAUGUAUCAACCAUGGAAGCCCUCGCCGCAACCGCCCUUCUUCGCCAAUACGUACCAGACAUCAAAGUCCGCUUUGUCAACGUUGUCGACCUAUUCAAACUGAUCCCUCAUGGAGAGCAUCCUCAUGGCACGACUGACCGCGAAUUCAGCGCUAUCUUCACAGAUGACAAGCCCGUCAUCUUCAACUUCCAUUCAUACCCAUGGCUGGUUCACCGUCUCACCUACAAGAGAAAGGGCCAACACAACAUCCAUGUUCGCGGCUACAAAGAAAAGGGAAACAUCGACACUCCCAUCGAACUGGCCAUCAGAAAUCAAACAGAUAGAUUCAGCUUGGCCAUGGAUGCUUUAGACCGAAUUCCAGGGCUCGGAAACAAGGGCGCCAGUGCACGCGAAAAGCUAUUGAACGAACAAAUCAAGACCAAGAACGAUGCAUUCGAGGUGGGAAUAGACCCCAAGGGUUUGAGGGAAUGGAUCUGGCCGCUCUAGAUGCUGUUUGUAUGGCCCACGACAGGCCCUCGGGCGUACAGCAGGUGAAAAUGGAGAUAGCCUUGGUAGCUAGGGGGUGCAUGGGUGGAAGCAGUGAUAGGCUAUAGCAUAUCCGUCAUUGGCCUUUUGUCUUAGUUAACGAACAAGGUUUUGGUUUAUAAGCAGGCUGUUCAUGCUUUUCAAGAUUCAGCUGUAACAGGAAUGUGAUUACUGUUGCUUCUGCAGAUCGGUCGACCAUUGCAUGCAUGUCUCUACCAGGUAUCAUUAGGAUUAGAGCCCUUGUUCAGAAGGCUUCUCACGUGUGUA